AUGGCAUCCGCAGUAUGGCGGCGUAUCCUCCCCCAACGCGUCGCCAACACCGGCUCGCAACUCCGCGACCACCAAGCCAACGAACGCACCUUUCUCUCCUGGACCCGCAUGGGGCUCGGCUUUGCAGCCAUGGCGCUAGCCCUGGGCCGUCUCGAUGCAAUCGACCGCAUGAUCGCCUCCGCGCUCUCCAGCACGAAACUCAACCUGGUGGUGUUGCCCGAGCAUGCCGGGCAGCAGCAGAUGCAGGCGGUGCCCGUGCGCCCCAGCGGGAAUUCCGCCACCGCCAGCGCUCCCACUACUGCUCCUCCUAGUCCUACAAGUCCUACUACUAGUAGAACUGCUAAGAGUCAGCGCCAAGACCAGGCGCCGUCCCCGUCAGCAUCAGCGACAGGCGCGCCGCAAGGGGGGCAUGGGUUUGGCCGCAACGGGCUCUCCGCCGCGACGCUGUGCCAGGGAAUCAGCGUGUGGUCGUUUGGGUAUGGGAUCUUUCGGUAUCUGUCCGUGCGGCAGAAUGUGCUUCGGGGCCAGUUUACGCCGGCGAUCUGGGGGCCGGCGUUUAUGACGUGUGGAUGUUUGGGGCUGUUUGGGACCAUGGGGAUGUGGAUGGAUCGGAGGACUUAUUAG